AUGGGUCGUUCUGCUCUUCUCAUUGGAAACAUCACACAUGCUCGCAAGGAGUGGGAGGAACUCAGCUCUCUGCUUGAGUUGANNAAGUCACAAGUGCAGGAGUACAAGACAGGCUCGCGAGAUGACUUUCUCUCCAAGCUAAAGUCCGGCGACUUUGAUGACACGUUUGUCGUUUACCGCAGCAACGAAUCGACUGGCGUGACGGGGCCCUUUGACAAAGAGUUGGUUGAUUUGCUCNCCUCGAGCGUCAAAUACAUUACACACAAUGGCGCUGGCUAUGACAACAUUGAUGUCAAGGCCUGUACUGCACGUGGCAUUCAAAUCUCGAGCACGCCUAUUGCUGUCAACGAUGCCACCGCCGACAUUGCAAUUUUCCUCAUGUUGGGAGCCUUGAGACGCAUCACUGUGCCCUUCAACGCUGUCCGCAAGGGCGAAUGGCGUGGCAAGACAUUCGGUCUUGGUCACGACCCAAAGAAAAAGGUCUUGGGUAUCCUUGGUAUGGGAGGCAUUGGAAGAGCCGUGGCUGAGCGGGCUGCUGCCUUUGGCAUGAAGAUUCAGUACCACAACCGCAACCCACUUCCCGCCGACAAGGAAGGAAACGCCAAAUAUGUGUCAUUCGAUGACUUGAUGAAGACAUCGGAUGUCUUGAGUCUGAACCUCGCGCUCAAUCCUUCGACGAAACACAUUAUCUCUACUGCACAGUUUGACAUGAUGAAGGAUGGUGUCAUCAUCGUCAACACAGCCAGAGGACCCAUUAUUGACGAAGCCGCCCUUGUCAAGGCCAUCCAAAGCGAGAAGGUCUUCUCUGCCGGCCUUGACGUCUUUGAAGAGGAACCAAAGAUUCACCCCGAGCUUAUCAGCGACGACCGCGUUGUUCUGUUGCCUCACAUCGGUACUGCGACAUGGGAGACGCAGAAGGAUAUGGAACUGUUAGUACUGGAGAACUUGAGAUCGGCUGUCGAGAAGGGCGAGCUGGUGACUUUGAUACCCGAGCAGUCCAAGUAG